CCCAAAUCGGGAAUAACCCAGAUAUGUCCUGUGAAGUCAUCCCGCACUCCUCUUUCGUCCCCCCCCCAAACUCUUUUUUUCCCACUUGAAACUCCGGAUCAUAAAUAUCCACAGACCGUUUUACGAGCAAAAGAUCCAAUCUCUCUUCUCUUUCCAUUUGUUUUCUUCUUCAUCAAUUUGUAGCCUGCGUUUUUCUUUAAUUACAUAGUUUUCUGUUCUUUCUUAUCAACAAGAAAACAAACAUAUGCACUGUUAAUGUCCAAAAUGUCUCGCGAACAUUUGUCCAUAACCUCUUUGACAUGUACGACUGAUUCUCCACUCUAUAAACCUCCACCAAAGCCUUCAUUACAUUCCGCCUCCAAUGACGGUUACGGAGGAUCUCCAUCCAUAAAAUCAUUUGAUUCACCCACCUCGUCAUCUUCCGCCGCGUCCUGCCUAUCACCAACACACUAUGAAGUACAAAUGUCAAGGUACCCCAAUUCAAUGUACACAUUGGACAGCGUCAGGAAAGAUUUGAAUCGCCAAGCGUCACCGGCAGAUCCUAACAGCAGUAGCGGGAGCAGCUAUGGAAAUCAAAGCGGAUACUCGCUCUCGCAUGAACCUAUGUCACUGGAUGAACGAAGGAAACGUAAUAAGGCAGCCAGCGCAAAAUACCGAGCAAAAAAACAAUCUCAAAUAUCACAAAUGUCAAGCGAGAUUUCUCUGUUAACCGAAGUCAAUGUUGAUUUACAAAAGCGCCUUCAACAAGUAUACGAUGAUAAUGAACGGCUUCGAGCCCAGCUAAUGGUUUUGCAAAGUCAAUCGGACCACCCUGCUAAUGACAAGGAAAUGAAGCGAAGCAGGGACAGCGAUCAUAUGCCUAUUUACUGAGCAUGCCCAGAUCGAUAAUAAUACAUCAAGUUGGAUCGAUUCUAGCCAUAAGAAAGGAGUCAUGCUAAGCAAAACAUACACCCGAAGUAUGGAAAAGCUUACGUGUUCGUCAUCUGUCACUUCAUCUUCUGCCAUUCCACCCCGGCGGUGGGGAAGAUGGUGAAAAACGAACGAUUUCAACUGCAAUCAAUCAAAUGUAUAUACUGAAUGUCUAUAUGACCUUUUUAAUUUUCUUUGACCUGAUUCUCCCAGAUUUACAUUUAUUUCUUAAUGCCUCAGCAAUCACACAGUAAAAUUAAAA